UCAAUAUUUACUGUAAAGUGUGUACAGAUGAAUAUUUAUUUAAAGUAUUUGUUAUGGUAGGCCAAAAGAUGUCGCUAUAAUCACACCAACUUGAUUCUAUCGAGUUGUUAAUGCAGUUAAAAUGCUGUGCACUGUUCGGUGAGAAGAGAAACUAAAAACAAAGGCUGUGAAAUAUAAUAAAAAUGGUUACUGAAAAAUAAAUGUGAAAAUAACAGAGAACUUUUUUAAAAGUCGAUACGUUCAUUUGUUGAUAUUAGUAAUAUAUAUUUAUAUUUUUUAGUACAAAUCUGUCUAUAAACUUAUAUACACAUCCUUAUUAAAAUAGUGUCCAAUUCUCUUUUGCAUCUAACCAGACGAUAUGCGUUCACAAUUUCUUUUUCUAGGUUGCUUAACAGGUGUCUCAGAUUUGCCGGUCGACGUGCACUAAUUGUUCUCAUAAGAUCCUUUACAUUUCAGGCAAUUGAAAUCACCCGGGUUUUUUGCGACACACUAGUGUGGUGCGUAUGCAAAACCUUCUAAUCGAAUGGCGCUCAAAGACACGCAAACCCUGACGUGUUUACUUUUUAUCUGGUCUAAUUUAAUCGAAGUAAGUAGUCGUGUGGCAUUUAAUGAGGGAAGAAGAACCCAUUCAGUGGGCUCUUUUAACAAACAUGCACGAGUGAUUGAGUCAUAUGAUCGUGAGGAUAGCGAAGCAAAAUCUGGAGCGCAAAUUGGGCGUCUCAUUCUUGGGCAAAACCGAAGUCCAAAUGAUAAAGGUGACGGCGAUCGGCCCUGCAACGACAAGAGCGCAUCUCGAUCAGAUGAUGAAGGCUGGGUGAAUCUGCAACCACUUUGGGGGCAGGUCUAUGGUCAGAACACCCUGUAUACGCCAGCAGUAGAAGAGCUACUUGGAAUGAAACCCAAGGUUGAUUGUGUUGGCGAUUUGAUGAAACUGACAAUUCAUGGCAGAAAUGCUUCCUUUGGCUCCAACUUUCUCAUUGACCGAGGAAGCAUUUCACCGCUUCCAUUAUCACAGUUACCUUCAGAAUGUGGCCAUACACUGCUAAGAACAUGGAGGGACUUUGUUUUCGUCAUACCUUAUGAUGGAUGUUACGUGUCACAGGAGAGAAACAUGUACAUUCUUCCCUUGCUUUGGUGGGGAUUGCCUAUAAGAAUGUCUUGUUCUUCCUCGACCUUAGCUCAAAGUAGCCCACAUGUGUCUUGUUACAAUAACGGUAUGAUUGUGAAGCUACAGAGGGAUGCAACUGUUAAUCUGAGGGUCAAAGUGAUGAAUGAAUGGCAUCCUCUAACGAAAGCAUCAGCUAAAUGUGGAUACAGCUUGGUGUCACAUCCAGAUGGCAUAGUCAUCCAUGUCCCAUAUAUGCCAUGCACAGAGGCAAAGGAUGGGAUGUUCAGCCUCACCAUGGCAAAGGAGAAAGAGUUUAAUCUGUCCUGUCCAGCUUUGUCACUUAGUCUUCCGAUAACUGAGUCCGAUCAUCCAUCUAAAAAUGAUACUUCUAUUUCCAGUUCUCUUGUUUCAUCAACGCUCUCUCCAAUCAUCAUCACUAGUGUUGAAACCACUAAGCCAACAGAGAGUCAAACAACCUCCACAAGUUCAACCAUGCAGAAAUUGUUUCCGGCUCCCCUCCCGUAUCACAUCCCUGGGCACCCAUAUUUUCAACCAGUUUCCCCCUUUCACCUUUUUCUGCUUUUUCAUCCAAAUGUUCCUCCAACAGUUGCUCCUCAGGUUGUUGUUACCCCAUUGCCUAUUACCCAAGGGCCACAAACACCCGUUUACCCCAAACCCUAUGACCCAAAACCACCUCAAACUUGGUACCCUAAUCCCAAUUUGGUUCCUGCCCCUGAUCCCACUCGAAGUUUACUCAUUCUGCCUCCAAGAGAAUCUUUGUUGCCACCAACUGAGGUUCCUAAAACCUCUCUUAAUCCCUUGGUUUAUUUGCUAAAACCUAAAUGUUUUACUCUUCAAGAUAAAACCACUCAUGGGAAACCUCCUGUGCCUGUGUAUCCUCCUGGCAAAUUGGUGUAUCCUUUCUAUUCUGAAAAACCUGGAUUUGACACCACCUCGGUGGCCUUGGGUCAAGUUCCCCAAUGGCUUUAUACCUCCCAAACCCGACAAAGACCUGAUGAUCCCCUGCAAUUGAAACCCUCUGAGCAACAUGCUUCACCUAAACCCGAGUUGGCACCGCCCACACCUGCCCCUACAAGGAAGGUGGAACCACUUCAACUCCUUCACUUCCCGUGGUACAAACCCUUCCCCCGGUACAAACCCUUCCCACAACAACAUUUAGAGAUGCCAUCAGUUCCUACAAAAGUCCCCCAUGGUACUGAAGCAUUCCCUCCAUAUCCACAACCCUCCAUGCAUCCAGACUACUCCGAUACUAAGGGUCCUCCUCUAAGCAUGCACUUUGAUUUGUCCAAUGCACUUUCUUUUCACUGUCCAACUUUUUGCCCUGGACCCCCUUCAAUAUCCUACCACCAUCACAACUACCACCAUUUUGGUCAUCCUUUUCCUGUGCCUUAUCUGGGCUCUUCUCGUCAUGCUAAAUUAACAGAAGAGAUUCAGUCCUCUCCCGCUCAGCCUCCUGGUACUAACCCGUUUCCCUUUAUUCAGGGCAUGGGUUAUAAUUAUAGCCCAUAUUCUUCAAACGUUGAAGCUUUACCAUCAGCGACGCAAUAUGUGGCACCUACUGAAAGUCCUGUCAUCAAGACUACCCGUGCUCCUGAAAGUGAGCCUUUGAUAAGACCGACUAAAUGUCCGUAUAUUUUUAGAACAUUGGCAUCAAAUUUGGUCUCUUUUCAGUCUGCAGUGAAACCUGCAAAUAUUCCUCAUUUUGUACACCCUUGGCCUACCAAGCCGAUUUCUAGAUCUUCACAAAAUGCGCCAAUUGCGGAGUCUGUUGCCCAUUCAGUUCAAAGCCCAAAACUUACCCUUUACCAGGCUGAGAUGCAGCAUUAUAUUUCCCAAUGGAGACAACACAUGCCAACGUUUGCCGCUCCACACAGUGCUGGACCAUUUUCACAGAGCCAGCAUGAAGUUUCUUUAAAACCCACAACAUCCCCAGUUGAUGACAACAGCUUGUCUAACAAUUACUGGUAUCAAGCUGCUUCAUAUCCAAGGCCCCCCACGUCUGAUGCACCUGCAGAAAUCUCAAAGCAAGCGUCUGUAAAUAAUGAUCAUAAUUCACUGCAGUCAACCACACCAUCUCAACCCAAGCAAACUCAAGAUGUGGACCCGCUCAUCCAGCUGAAUGUUCAUCCCUCAAUGCAGAUUCGUGACUCUGUACCAGUGCACACUCAGGUGAAUGAGCCUCAAAACGGAGAACCUUCAGUUCCUAUUUUUAGAGACCCAGAACCAUUUAGCAGCUACUGGGUUCCUGCUGUUCUGUCAAACCAGAAAACUGUGCAUUCUACCCAUUACCCAGAUGGUUCUUUGAGGGGUCCACUCCGGUUUGUCCUAAAGCACAUGGAAAGAAUGAAGCAGCGCUAAAUAAUAAAUGUAUAUAAGUGAACAGAACUGUUAUUGACGUUUUUUAAAGAAUGCCCAUUUGUUUUAAAAAGUAAGGAAUCUUAAGAAUGUAAGCAUUCUUAUUUUUAACUUUGUAUUGUACAACAAACACACAUUUGAUCAGCUGUUUUUUCCUCAAUUAAUUGUCUUGCCUACAUUUAAUAGUUUGAGUUAAAGGCAGAUAUGCUUAUCUUUUUGUUGUAUGAAUUGGCAGAUUAUCCUGUGGUGUGAGGGGAUAAGCGUGAAUAAAUCUGCUAAGAAAAAUGUCAGAGCCACACAAAUCUCUAACUGUAAAUGUUAAAUUUCAAGGAUCAGAAAUUCUGUGUGGCCAGGACUCCGAGGGCAAAUGUGCGAACACGGUUUCAAUUUAUUCUUUUAGUGUGUGGUGUGCUGUCUUGGUCACGUCAUUGUACUCCACACACUAUAGGAAUUAAACCGUUAAAUUGAUUAUUUGUGAUCGCCAUGUUUGUGGUCUCACAUUUUGAAAAUUUAAUAAGCAAAUCUUUUAGUGUAGGCCAGACUUAAGCACAUCACAACAGUGUCAAUAUGCUUAUUCCUUCCAGUGUUGCUUCAGCUUCAUUACUGGUUUUUAUAAACCUACAUUUUGAUGUAUAGACCGUUUCAUUGGAUGCAGGUGCCUGGCCCAAAGUAACUUUCGGUCUGUGUUUGGUUAUAACAAUUUAUUUUAUUUUGAUUUAAUAUUUUGUGUUAUUACUUCUAUAGUGGAGUUUUGGUUCCUUGCCACCGUUGCCAUUGGCUUACUCACUGGGAGACUGUUGAUUUAGUUUAAUCCAUAAAUAUAAACAACUUGCGUUUAACAACACACAUGCACGUUAACAUAUUUUAACAAAUAUAUUCAUUCCGCACGUUUUGUUAUUGCAAAUUGUUCUGAUAUAUUGUAAUUUUAUAUGAAGUAAUUUUAGGCUCCCAGUCCUGAUAACAAUAUUUAAAAUAAUAUACUUAAAUUAAUCAUACCUUGAAUAAUUUACAGUUUCUGACAAUCCACUGAUAUCAGUGUAAAUUGCAUAGCGCACUGGUAUUAAUGUGCAAUAAUACCAUGUAUCUGAAUACCGUAUAUUCUCUUGAAUUCUUCCCCUUGUAUUAUUUUUGUAAAAAAAUUUAUGAUGUAUGUAAAGCUCUUUGCAACAAUGAAAAUUGUGAAAAGCGCUAUAUAAAUAAAAUAAAAUUGA